UGAAGUCAACAGUUGCGUUUGGGUGUAAACUAAACACAGACGUACCAGAAAACAACAGAAGCAGUCACAGGUUCCCCGGGUAACGACUGUAGUAGAUUAAUUAUCUCUCUUCUGUUUGAUUAACAGUAAUGUUGUUUAGACAAACAAAGGUUCAAUAGAGAAGAGGGAAAAUGGAAGAGAUAAAGACGGAACCUGUGGAUUUUGUAAAGGAAUUUCAAGAAUACCUGACGCAGCAAACCCAGCAUGUCAACAUGAUCUCAGGCUCUGUUUGUGGAGAGAAAGAGACAGUGGAGGCGUUUCAAGCCGUUGUCCCGAGAUGUGAGCAAAAUGGUCUGGACCCCCCAUCUGUGGAGGUGAGCCUGCCAGUGGAGGACGGGCCGGAUGUCCAGAUGGAUGGCCUGGAGAGAACCUGCGAUGGAAAGUACAAGUGCAGCUACUGCAGCUAUGCCAACAAAGGCAUGGCUCGCUUAAUAGAACACAUCCGCAUCCACACAGGAGAAAAGCCUCAUCGCUGCCAGCUGUGCCCAUUUGCUUCUGCAUAUGAGCGCCACUUGGAAGCCCACAUGCGCUCACACACUGGAGAGAAGCCGUACAAGUGUGACCUCUGCGCCUUUCGAUGUAGCGACCGCAGCAACCUAUCACACCACCGCCGGCGGCGACACAAGCUUCUGCCCACCAGGGUUGUCCGGUCUCCUUUCUCCAACAAGAGGAUGUUGAGCGCUCUGCAGAAGAGGACAGGCUCGCUGGGCUUCAGCCGGCGACUCCUCAUCAAUUUCAACCCUCCCUCCAUGGUACUGCCAAAGUCGGAUUAUCUGAGUGACUUGUCUCACAAGAUCCACCAUUUGAACAGCAGUGAAUUUAAGAACCUUCCCAAGGUGGAUGAAAGUGAAAGUCGCAACAGGAGUGCUAAUGGUUUGACUUUUAAAAACCCACUGGACCAGCUGUCUACACUUGCCGGCCAGUUGGCCGACCUUCACCCUGAGUCUCAGACUCCUGUUUCCCCAGACAGGGAGUCUUUCAAAGAUGAGAAGCCCAUUCUCAUUCAGCAUGUUUCUAGUGAACAGGUUGCAGUGUGUACUAAUGGAGCGCAGACAUCACCACCAAAAAAGGAAUCUCCUGGCUCAGGCCAAGGGAGUUGUAGUCCUGUUCCCGGCCUCAGCUUUGAGAACAACGUGAACAUUCUUGCUGCGAGUGUUAGCAACAGCCAGCCCAGCACGCCCAAUCCUGCCCUGACUGUGCCUGACCAACAGCUUUUGCAUAAAUGCCAGCAUUGUGAUAUUCACUUUUCUGACAAUAUCCUCUACACUAUUCACAUGGGCUGCCAUGGCUAUGAACAUCCAUUCCAGUGCAACAUCUGUGGUUAUAUGUGCACAGACAAAUAUGAUUUUUCAUGCCAUUUUGCUCGUGGCCAACAUAAAAAGUGAUUCUGUGCAGCAUAGAUGCAUCUUUGAGUUUUCAAUAUAUUGUUUAUACAGUAUAGAAACUAAACAUGGUGACACUGUUUUAGGUUUGAUAUUUUUGCUAUGUGUAGUUUAUUACUUUUUACCUUACAGUCGUUACGUACAUUAUCCUGUUGCUUUACUGCAUUUCUACGCUACUGUCAACUGUGAGCUUUUGAUAUUAGUUGUGAAGGUACAAAACCACAGAAACAACUUGCGACACAGCAGUGUCUGCAGCAUUUCACAGUAAGUGUUAGACAAUGCCAUCUGACUGCAGUUCUCCUUGGUGUAGUGUUUGCAUUGCAGUUCUCUGGAUUUGUAAUGUCUGACGGCGUUCAAAUGAUUGGUUUCACUCAACCCUUGGAGCAAAUCACAAACAUAGAAACUGCUACAUUUAAAUAAUUUAACACCAAAAUAGUAUUUAACACCAAACAUUACAAGCUUUAUCAGCUUCAUCUGUCAUUUUGACCACCGUCUGUACAGUAUGUUGCUUGUUAGUCUAGUUUUACACCAAAGUUUCCAUUUUAGUUCAAUCAUCUGUGGGAUGUUCAGAGACUAAGUUUGUAUCCAGACAGACUUCUUACAAUCUUGUCUUUUGCUUUUUUUUUAACUUAUACCUCAUCUUAAAGACUGCAUAAUGUAUCAGCCAAAUUAAUCAGUCACGUUUAAAUUACGUUUCAUUAUUGUCUUUUAACUUUUAUCCCCAAUAUUUAUAACUGUCUUGAGUAGUCUUGCGGUACUAUACAUAACAGUUCAUAGUACAAAAUCUGAAUUUACUGUAGCCGCCAUCUGUUUGUAUAGUAGCUGAUGUUGAGACACUUUAAAGCUUGGGUGCAACCCCAACAUUUUUACAUGUAUUGUGAAGUGAUGUUCGUAGCUUUUGGUAUGUGCAAAUCUUGGUCUAAAGAAUUAAUCAACCAGAAUUUGUUUGUAUGCGAUUAUCUUAUUCCACACCGAAAAUGGGAAUUUGAGAAUACUAAAUAACCAUUUACUUUUAAUUACUAUAUUUGCAACAAUCAUGUAGAUGUUUUCAUUGAAUUUUGAGAAUUCUUUAUUUAUUUUUUGUAAACAUUUCUUUCAGGUUUUUACUUGCCAAAUAAAAUUAUUAACCUAUAAA